AUGGAGCCCACGACUGGCGAACUCAUGCAGCAUAUCUUAGAUCUCCACGAGUAUAUGAAGGCGAUGGGCGACUAUCAGGACCUCGUCAAUAAAAGGAUUAAUGCAAGAAUCGCCGUUCUUGAAGGCAACGAAAAGAUUUUCUUUAAAAUUUGCGGGCCAAUCGUACUCGCUUCUUUCGCGGAUUAUAUCCUCACCCAACAUGGGUGGGACGGAGAGGCCAAAGAUCAGUUUAUUACUGCCAACUGUGACAAAUUGGCUGCCACGUAUAAUAUUACAAGAGCACAUACGAUAGCAUUCUUCAGGUAUUGUAAUUAUAUUACCAAUAAAGUUAAUUAA